AAAACACACGCACUCUUCAGGGGAAGCGAAGCAUUCAUCGAUACUUUUCCCAUUUUCGCUCUGCAUCUUUGCUCCCAACAUCCAUCGAACAUUUCUUCUGUUUUGUUCUGUUCGAUGCCCUUUGCCGCAUCCUUCAGCUGUGCCGCCGACUUGGUUGCCGCCGACCAUCAUAGCAGUUGUCUCCCUACUCCACGCCGGAUGUCAGAUCUAAGUGCUAGGGUUCACAUUUGGGGCGGCGACCGAGCGUCUGAAGGAUUUCACAUCUUGAUUGAGGUUCGUUGGGGGUACUACGAUGGAUUGAGGCGGGAUUGAGUCAGGGGAAGGUAGGAUUUGGGGGUACUAUGAUUUAAUUGAUCAUUCCGGGUUUAGCAGAUCCUUGAAUUUUCUCUGUAAUGGCUGUGCAGGCAAAUGGUGAAUCGUUUGUUGUGAGAACUCUUAAUCGGAAGACCCUCUGGGAAAUGCAAACCCCACAGCUUUGACCCCUUAUUAGAAUCUUUUGACUACAUACAAUUGGUAAAUGUCAUCUCGAGUGAAGCCAGUCAAUCAAGCCGGAGUUGCUUAAGAAAGGGUCAAACGUGUGGGGUUUGUGGGCUGGGGAGGGGGCUGAAGGCUACAGUGGUGCUUUAGGCUGGUGGGUGGGGGACGGGAAUGGUGGUGGAGGGUAGGCGAUGGGUGUGGGCGGCAGUCAUAGAGGGGCUGGGGUGGAGAGGGGUGUAGAGAGCAGGAAGGGGCGGUCAGCCAGUCAACGGGGCGGCAGUUAAUGGACGGGGUGGGCUGCAGCGGUGUCACUUGACUGGAGUCUCUUUGACUGAUGUCACUGUGAACAGAGUCAGUUUUGAACGAAGUCACUUUUGAAUGGUGUCACUGUGGUCGGAGUCACGGUGUCACUGAUGUCACUGUGAACAGAGUCAGUUUUGAACGAAGUCACUUUUGAAUGGUGUCACUGUGGUCGGAGUCACGGUGUCACUGAUGUCACUGUGAACAGAGUCAGUUUUGAACGAAGUCACUUUUGAAUGGUGUCACUGUGGUCGGAGUCACGGUGUCACUGAUGUCACUGUGAACAGAGUCAGUUUUGAACGAAGUCACUUUUGAACGAUGUCACUGUGGUCGGAGUCACUGUGGCGACAUAGUCUGUGGCGGCAGAGUCACUGUGACGGCAGAGUCACUGUGGCCAAUGGGGCAGUCACUGUGGCCGGUAGGGCAGUCACUGCGGUGAUGGAGUCACAUUGGUCGGAGUCACUUUACAUUGUAGUGGUUAAUUGUGAUGUUUGGUCAUAUUUUUGGAAUUUUUAAAAACAUGUAAUUUUUUAGUCUUUUAUCUUAUAUUUAGUAAUAUUCAGGCCAAAAGGCCUAUUGAUUUCAUAUGAAAGAUCAC